AUGGCAUGUGCUCUCAGAUUAAAUCUGCAGGCGCCUCAGCCGCCCUCGUCUGAAGAGACAGACGCAGAUCCUACCCGUACACUCGAUUGGCUGUCUGAUCGCAUCACUGAAAUCUACUCACUCCGGACACUGGAGCAUGAUAACGACGAUACUACACCGUCAACGACAGCAGUAAACCUAAGAAGGACUGCCUAUCUAGACAUUUACAAUGCUGUGCACAGCUAUUGCAUUGCAACCCUACACACGGCGACGAGUCGCGGGGCCAAUCUAAAUGGAGAAGACCUAUACCGCAGUUUGGAGCGAGCCAUUAGAGGACAUUGCCAAGAGUGUCUGGUUCGCAUCAAUGCUGCUCCCGAAGCUCUCCCAGAGUACGUGGAGCGAUGGACCCAUUUCCUCGAUCUGAGUCAAAGUGUAGCGCGCUUGUUUCGGUUUCUGGGGAGGCAUUGGGUCCGGCGAGAAGUGAGCGAGAAACGAGAGGGUGUCUAUGAACUUCAUGACCUUCAUAUGGUUAUGUGGAGAGAAUGUGUCCUUGGUGUUGGAUCUGAGAGGAUUUUGGAAGAUAUGUUGCGAUUGCAGCGAGAGGAUGCAGUGCUGUUGCCGGACGAUCGCAAGAAGGUGCUUGRGGAGGGCAUGGCUUCGCUGAGCGAAGUUGGCCUUGGGAUAUCCGAUGGACGCUUGGUGCUAUCAAGCGAAUGA